AUGGCGAACACCGGUGCCCCUCCCAAUUACUACAAGAUCCUCGAGAUCUCGGAGACGGCUACAACGCAGCAGGUUCGCGAUGCAUACAAGAAAGCGGCUUUGAAGACACACCCUGAUAGAGUCCCCGCUGAUUCGCCCGAACGAGCGACCCGCACUCGCAAGUUCCAGCUCGUCAACGACGCAUACUACACACUCUCCGACACCCAAAGGCGGCGCGAGUAUGACGCCCAGCGCAACAUCUUUGGCGCAUCCGCCGGCACAACCUACGGCGACUUUUCCGACGACGAGGAGGACCCGGCGGAGGAAGUGCCCCCGCAAGCUGGUCCCGGAAAUGCGCAAAACGCCUACUCGUGGGCAUGGAACUUCUUCACCGGAGGCAAACAGGGCCAGAACCAGGAGCAGCGCGAGAAGACGGACAACCAGCAGUUCGGAGACGUCUUCGAGGAGAUGCUGCGCGAGGAGGGCAUGGCCGAGGAGGGUACGAACCGCCCGACGGGCUCCUUCUGGGGCACUGUGGGCGGCCUGAGUGGCGGCGCGCUGGGCUUCAUCGUCGGGAACAUGCCCGGUGCGUUCGCGGGAGCUGUCGCUGGAAACAGGCUCGGUGCCGUUCGAGACGCGAAGGGCAAGAGCGUCUACGCCGUAUUCCAGGUCAGUGCGAAUCUGGAGAUAUCUGCGGGGUAG